AUGCACGGCUUGUUCGAAGCAGCUUACGAUCUGACGCAAGAUGCUGAAGUGCUGCGCCGCCGGCGGUAUGGGGUGAUCGAGGUUCUCGACGACCAACUGGUGGGCAUCUGGCUGCGUCCGUGGCCGAAGUGGAUUUCGCUGCCGGAGAGCACCUUCCUCGGCCGAGGCUUUCAUCGCCGCCGCGAGGGCAAUCACUGCUGGCUGUACUACAACCAGCCGCGAGGGCAUUCCAGUUACCUGACGCUUAAGUAUGUUCUGUCCGCCCGCGAUACAACGCUGAGCACGUUUCGCGGAGCACUGACGGUGCUGGAUGAGAUCGCCCGCAUCAAACGUAGCAACGCGCUGCUGUGCGACGCGAGCAACCUGAGGAUCUCAGAUCGUCUGCUCAAACGGUGGGGCUGGGAACCACACUUGGCAAGCCGCUGGCAUCGCCAUCACAUCAAGCGUUUCUACGGCGAAUACGCUGCACCGAGCGGGCUAGCGGCUCGUCUGCUAGCGGGCAAUGAAGUAGAGCAGGGCGUUUUUUGGGACGAGAGCGGCGAAUCGGACCCGACGGCUGAAACUGGUCUUGUGGCUCACGCGGGCGCGCUUUACGAUCCCGAACCCGUGUCCAUGUGGCGGUGCUGCAGCAAAGCGAUGCUGAUCGCGUUCGCGCCGUUGAUGCUGGUGGGCUGCGCCGACAAUCCUCUCGUGCUGCAAUCGCAACUGCAAACGUUGCAACAGCAGCAGAUGACGCUGGCCCAGGAAAAUCAGGAGCUUCGCGGUCGGGCCGCCACGCUGGAUCGUGACAAUCAAGAACUCGAGCAGAUGCUGGCGCAGCAGCGACAGAAGGGGCUGGUGAACGAAGAACAGGUGGCCGCGCUUCGCGAUCAGCUUCGCAGCACGACCGCUCAGUUGGCCCAGGUGAAGCAGGAGAGCGAUGAACUCUCCCAACAAGCCCAAACGAUGAUGGCUUCGACCCAAAAACGGGUCGGCACCUCGAUUACCGCUAACAGCAGCCUGCGGAGAAAUCUGCCGGCGAUCGAUAUUCAGGGCGUGGAGGUUCGCAGCGACGGCGACGUGGUGCGGAUUGAACUGCCUGGAGACAAGUUGUUCAUGACGGGUGCUGCUCAGCUUCAGCCGGGUGCGAGCCAACUGAUCGAAUCGGUCUCGCAGCAGAUCACCCAGACGUACCCCAACCAUUUCAUCGGCCUCGAAGGGCACACCGACAGCGACCCCAUCAAUGGUGCCGCGUGGGCGAACAACCACCAGCUCUCGGUGGCCCGGGCGAUGACCGUCUACAACCUGCUGAUCUCACGAACGAUGAUCAAACCCGAUCAACUGUUCGUCGUGGGGCACGGCCCGAAUCACCCCGUGGUUUCGAAUGCCACGCCGGAGGGGAAAGCCCGAAAUCGUCGGGUGGAGCUGGUGAUUUAUCCCGAGCGGACCGACGGCCGUUAG